GAUAAUGAGCUGGAAAAAAAAAAAUCUGUCAGAGUUAUCUGUCCUUGCCCAAAAAUUCUAAUGGCGCUGACUUAGCUGCAGAAUUUUUCUGUCUUCCCAGCAAUAUUUCUUAUGUUUUCCGUGUCUUUCUACCACUGUCACAUUCGAUGAUAUAUCUAUUUAGAUGUUAAGAUGGGCACUCAAGUGAUGGGUGAUCAGCACUCGAUGAUGGACGAGAAAAGAAGUGUGUUUCAGAAUCGACAGCCUAUUCCUGAGCCUUCUCCUGUUAAUUAUUAUGCAGCUUCACAACCACCUUCGCCUCGCCAGACAGAUAUUGUCCGUUUUACUGGCAUGGCAGUCGGAAUAUCAAGCCUAUUUGCUGAGAAGCUCCUUUCACAUCCCUGCAUUGUGUUGCGUCGACAGUGCCAGGUCCACUAUAAUGCAAAAUCUUACCAUUUAACUCUCACCCUGUUCCAAAUAAUUGUAAACCUGCAACAGAAACAGGGCUCUUCUGCUCUUUGGAAAGGUGUAGGCAGUAUGUUUGUGGUGAAAGGAUUACUGCUAGGGACAGAAACCAUUAUUGAUGAAACUACAUGGCUCCCAAAGGAAAUCUCGGCUCACAGUUCUUUAAAGAAAUACGUUGAACAUUUGCUUCUGAAAGGAAUUUCAUUUGCAGUCAACACACCUUUUUAUGCUGCGGUUCUUAUUGAAACUGUCCAGAGUGAUAUUGGUGGAGACAAACCAGGUUUAUUUGAUUGUGUCAAAGAAGGUGUUACACGAGUUGUUGGCAUUGGCAUGCCACAGACAACUCGGUUAUUACCAAUCUACAAACUGAUGUUACCAACAGCUACGUAUUGGCUUUUGGACUAUAUCACCACCUCUAUUGCUCAAUACACAGUUAUGUCUGCAGUACGAUCUGAGCAGCAAGAUCAGGAAAUGGAUGGUGUUAGCGUAUAUCAGACGUGUUUCCCAGAAUUAUUAGCACAGUACACUGGUGGGCUUUUGUCCAAUGCCUUACUGUUUCCCCUGGAAACUGUACUUCACCGACUUUAUCUUCAAGGAACUCGGACAAUUAUUGACAAUACAGACAAUGGGCUUGGAGUUAUCCCCAUCAAUACCAAAUAUGAAGGUGUUAUUGACUGCUUUAAAAGUAUUUUCUUUGAGGAAGGGGUGUUUGGAUUUUACAAAGGCGUUGGAGCAUUAAUUCUACAAUACGCUCUCCAUGCUUUAAUUUUGAAAGGAGCCUUCUUUCUGUUUAACACAUUCACUAAAGAUAUGACGCCACAACGGAAAGUACCAGCAUCUCAAACUCCGGCAGAAGAUUUUAAUCCAUUCCAGCCUCGUUACAAUUAACUCUGUGAUUUCCCAGAACCAAAAAA